ACCUGACGUCAGAUCUGUCUUUAAUAAAGCAUCCCGAGAGCCGAAAGGGGAAAAAAAAAAGUUAACUCUACUGUCAGCUAGACUGCUCAUAAAGGACUCCUCUGCAUUCCCCACAAGAGUGGUAUAUAAUUGGAUGCAAAGGAGUUUUCUUUUUCCUUUUUUAAAGAUCUGAGUUCACUCAAUGUAUUUCAUUCUGGUUUCCAGUGAUGAGGGGGUGGCUUUUGCCAUGGAUUCUAGCAACAAACAGCAUUUUACAGGCCUUUUCCCAGAACUCCACUGCUGCCACCACCACACCACCAUCUGCCACCUCCUCCGUGACUGAGGCAUACACACGGACCCAGUACUGUAAGUGGCCAUGCGAAUGCCCAGCUACAGCGCCUGUGUGCCCGGCGGGAGUCAGCCUGCUUACCGACGGCUGCGAGUGCUGCAAGAUGUGCGCCAAGCAGAUUGGGGAGAACUGCACCGAGGCCGACAUCUGCGACGUCCACCGGGGCCUGUACUGUGACUACAGCAGAGACAGACCUAGGUACGAAAUAGGAGUGUGUGCACAGAUUGUUGGCAUCGGUUGCCUCCUCAAUGGGAUCAGGUACAAGAAUGGAGAGACGUUCCAACCCAAUUGCAAAUACAACUGCACUUGCAUCAACGGGGCUGUCGGCUGCAUCCCCAGGUGCACAGACUCCAAGCCGCCCCUGGUCUGGUGCCCCAACCCUAAGCAUGUUAAGAUGGCGGGCAAAUGCUGUGAACAGUGGGUCUGCGACUACUCAAAGAGGAUCAGGAAGACAUCUCCAAGGCAUACCUCCUCAGCAGUUUAUGAAGGAGAAAUUGAGUCCUGGCAGAAGAACUGCAUCCUUCACACCUCUUCCUGGAGUCCCUGUUCCAAGACCUGCGGGGUGGGCAACUCCAUGAGAAUCUCCAACGAUAACGACCAGUGCCGCCUGAUGAAAGAGAGCCGGCUCUGCAACCUGCGGCCAUGCGAGGAGGACAUCACCAAGCACAUCAAGCCUGGGAAGAAAUGCUUAGCAGUGUACAAGAGAGACGAGCCAAUGAACUAUACGCUCUCUGGGUGUGUGAGCAAGACCACCUACAGGCCCAAGUACUGCGGCGUCUGCGUGGACAAUCGCUGCUGCACACCGUACAAGUCGAAGACCAUCGAAGUGAGCUUUGAGUGUCCAGAUGGGACUGGUUUUUCCAGGAAAGUCAUGUGGAUCAACGCCUGCUUCUGCAACCUCAGCUGCAAGAACCCCAACGACAUCUUUGCCAACUUGGCUCAUUAUCACGAUUACUCUGAAAUUGCUAAUUAAGUCAGCUGAAUGCUGGAAAAUA